ACUUCUCGUGAAGAUAGAAUAAGCCUUGCUAUCGCAUCUUAUCGUAAUAAUCUAAAAUAAUCUAUUCGUGCUCUCGCAAAAGCCUUUGAUAUACCACAAUCUACACUACACACGCGUAUCUAUAGUGUCUAGCCACGAUCAGAGACAGCCUCUGUCAACCGCAAGCUAUCGCCUAUUAAAGAGCAGUCUCUCGUGCAGUGAAUCCUAGACCUUAACCGACGCGGUUUUCCGCCUUAUAUCAUUGACGUGCGACGGAUGGUAGACGCUUUACUCGCCGCGCGUGGCCAAAAUCCACCUCUAGUACCUAUUGGCAAGAAGUGGUUUAAGCUAGUAGAAGAAACGCGCCAGACGUACGGCGUCUUAGACCAGGAUACCUAUAACUUUAACGAGACUGGGUUCGCAAUGGGCGUCGCUAGCACGUCUAAGGUAGUUAUAAGCUCUGAUAGAGUCGGCCGAGUAGCUAUUAUACAGCUAGGUAAUCGCGAGUGGGUUACAGCGAUUAAGUGCAUUAAUGCGUCUGGCUGGUGUCUACUACCAUUAGUUAUCUUAUCUAGUAAGGCUAUUAGUGUCUUAGACAACGGUUGGACGACUAAUCAGCUUGGCGUAGAGUGGGUGAAGCACUAUAAUCAGCAUACAGCAGCUCGUACAGCUGGAGUCUAUCAGCUUCUUAUUCUAGACGGCCAUAGUAGCCACGCUACGCCAGAGUUCGACCAGUACUGCGCUAAGAAUAAGAUCAUUACUCUCUGCAUGCCGCCACACACGUCGCAUCUUCUCCAGCCGCUUAAUGUAAGCUACUUCUCGCCGCUCAAGCGCGCGUACGGACGUGAGAUUAAAGAGCUCACCCGCUAAGGCGUCUACUACAUUAAUAAGAUAGACUUCCUUGCAGCCUAUACGCGGAUCCGGCCGAUAGUAUUCACGCAGCAGAACAUCCAGGCAGGCUUUCGAGCAACAGGACUUGUCCCUCCUUAUCUAGAUCGCGUUCUAUCGUCGCUCACCGUAGCUAGAACACCAUCUCCACCACAGACAACUAUAGAUAAUAACGCCGCAACGCAGCUAGAAACACCGCAUACAGUAGCUCAGCUUCAGCAGCAGGCAAAGCUUCUUCAAGAACGGCUCCAUCGGUAAUCACAAAGCCCAACAAGCCAGCUUCUAC